AGCGAGAUGGGGCAGUGGUCAUCUUGCCUCGCCAACCUAGCAAACCAUGUGGCCAUCAAGCUCUAUCGGGUUUCAUUAUUCCUCCGUCCCCCCGGUCAUCCAGAUCGAUCCAUGUCUCUGAACAAUCUUGCUGCCAGUCUUCGAGAGAGAUUCCGGCAGCGGGGGCAUCAUGUCUGACCUUGAUGAGGCCAUCGAGCUCCAUCGGGGUGCACUAUUCCUCUGCCCCCCCGGUCAUUCCGAUCGGUCCAUGUCUCUGAACAAUCUUGCGCUCAGCCUUCGAGACAGAUUCCUGCAACGUGGCAUCAUGUCUGACCUUGAUGAGGCCAUCGAGCUCUAUCGUGCUGCAUUGCUCCUCGGUUCCUCGGGCCCUCCAGAUCGAUCCACAUUUCUCAACAAUCUUGCACAUAGCCUUCGAGACAGAUUCUUGCGACGUGGCAUCAUGUCUGACCUUGAUGAGGCCAUCGAGCUCUAUCGUGCCGCAUUACUUAUCUGUUCCUCCGGUCAUCCAGGUCGAUCCAUAUUUCUCCACAAUCUUGCACUCAGCCUUCAAGACAGAUUCCAGCAGCGGGGCAUCAUGUCUGACUUUGAUGAGGCCAUUGAGCUUCAUCGGGAUGUGCUGGGACUGCUCCCCCCGCGUGAUUCAAAUCGAAUCAUAUUUCUCAACAAUCUUGCUAUGUAUCUUCGAGACAGAUUCCAACAGCGUGGCAUCAUGUCUGACCUUGAUGAGGCCAUCGAGCUCCAUAGGGCUGCGCUGGAGCUUAUCCCCCCACAUCAUUCAAACAGAUCCGGGUCUCUGAACAAUCUUGCACUCAGCCUUCGAGACAGAUUCCUGCAGCGUGGAAUCAUGUCUGAUCUUGAUGAGGCCAUCGAGCUCAAUCAGGCUGCAUUAUUUCUCCGUCCCCCUGGUCAUUCUGAACGAUCCACGUCUCUGAACAAUCUUGCACUCAGCCUUCAAGACAGAUUCCGGCAGCAGAGCAUCAUGUCUGACCUUGAUGAGACCAUCGAGCUCCUUCGGGCUGCAUUAUUCCUCCGUCCCCCUGGUCAUUCUGAGCGGUCCACGUCUCUGGACAACCUUGCACUCAGCCUUCGAGACAGAUUCCUGCAAUGUCGCAUCAUGUCUGAACUUGAUGAGGCCAUCGAGCUCCAUCGGGGUGCACUACUCCCUCCGCCCCCCCGCCUUCGAGACAGAUUCCAGCGGCGUGGAGUGAUGUCUGACCUCGAUGAGGCCAUCGAGCUCCAUCGGGAUGCAUUACUCCUUCGUUCCUCAGGUCAUCCAGGUCAAUCCGCGUUUCUCAACGGUCUUGCACUCAGCCUUCGAGACAGAUUCCUGCAACGUGGAAUCAUGUCUGACCUUGAUGAGGCCAUCGAGAUCCAUAAGGCUGCGCUAGAGCUCCUCCCCCCACACCAUUCAAAUCGAUCCGCGUCCCUAAACAAUCUUGCAGUCAGCCUUCGAGACAGAUUCCUACAGCGUGGAGUCGUGUCUGACCUUGAUGAGGCCAUCGAGCGCCAUCGGGAUGCAUUACUCCUCCGCCCCCAUGGUCAUUCUGAACGAUCCAUUUCUCUGAACAAUCUUGCUACCUGCCUUCGAGACAGAUUCCAGCAGCGGGAGAUCAUGUCUGACCUUGAUGAGGCCAUCGAGCUCCAUCGGAGUGCACUACUCCUCUGUCCCCCCGGUCAUUCAGAUCAAUCCAUGUCUCUGAACAAUCUUGCUGCCAGCCUUCGAGACAGAUUCCUGCAACGUGGCAUCAUGUCUGACCUUGAUGAGGCCAUCAAGCUCCAUCAGGAUGUAUUGGAGCUUCUCCCCCCGCAUCAUUCAUAUCGAUCCAUGUCUCUCAACAAUCUUGCUAUUUGCCUUGGAGAGAGAUUCCAGCAGCGUGGAAUCAUGUCUGACCUUGAUAAGGCCAUCGAGUUAUAUCGGGCUGCGCUGGAACUCCUCCCCACGGAUCAUUCAGAUCGAUCCUUGUUUCUGAACAGCCUUGCUGCCAGCCUUAGAGCGAGAUUCCAGGAGCGGGGCGUUCAAUCUGACCUUGAUGAAGCGUUUAGCUUGUAUUUUCAACUCUCCCACCUAUCACAUGCAGCAUCUCGCACAGAUCUUAGUGUUGCCAAGUCAUGGGCGGCUUCCGCCCACAUCCUCAAUCACGACUCCGCAUUGCUUGCCUAUAAGACUGCACUCAAAUUCCUAGAUCAGCAAGUUGCUCUCUUGUCGUCUUCUUCCAAUCAUUUCGACGUCAUCAGGGAGGCUGUUUCUUCCCUUGCCACAGAUGCUUUUUCAUGCAGUGUUCGUCGUGGUGCGCUGACGACUGCGGUGGAACUGGUGGAGCAAGGUCGUGCGGUAUUCUGGACCCAGUUGGCACGCUUCAGCACACCACUCGAUCAACUUUCUGUAUCAGGUGACACCGGCACAGCCUUGGCAGAAGAGUUCAAACGGUUGAGCUUUCGCCUUCGUAACGCAUUCGAUCAGUCUACUGAAGACAAGUCUUCGCAAGUCCGGCAACUGACCAUGCAAUGGGAUGACGUUGUCUCCCGCAUUCGCAUGCAUCAUGGUUUUUUCGCGUUUUCUCCUACCUCCCCUGUUCUCCGACCUACAGGAAGCGGCAGAGCAUGGGAAGAUCCUGUCCAUGUUCCGCUUCACCUUACACAAGCUGAAGUAUCCGAGUUGUCCUCCGAGUUCCAGUCACUCGCAGAGCAGUUUGGUUCUUCUGAUUAUCAACUCAAGCUUGUCAGCACCCUCCGCAAGCUUUGGAAAAAUAUCGUCCACCCCAUAGUCCAAUCCCUCAAGGAGUCUAAAGUUUCCCAUCGCUCGCGUAUCUGGUGGUGUCCCACUGCUGACUUCACACUGCUUCCUCUCCAUGCAGCAGGACCCUACGAGGAGAAGAGAAAAAAUUUGUCUCGCAUUUACAUCUCCUCUUAUACACCUACUUUGGCGACUCUCAUUCGUGCGAGACAGCAAGUUUCUCAAGAUGCAUCCUCGCAACAUUUUGUUGCCAUCGGUCAAGCAAACCCAGACAGAGGGAAGGGACUCCAAUGUGUCGCUCCUGAAUUAGCUGUCGUAGCUCAGCAUCUCGCGCCCAUCGUGUCCUUUACAUCGCUCGAGGACGGCAACGCGACAGUCGAGGUGGCUUCACCUAGCCUGCCAUGGAUGCCGAAUCGACAACAACCAUUUGAGUCUUCGUUUGCCAUGCGCGACGGGCCUUUAAUGAUCAAGGACAUCAUUCCAUCCAACUGGCAGAAUCCGGAAUUUGCAUUCUUAUCGGCCUGCCACACUACCGUUGGCGACGAGAAGAGUCUCGACGAAUCGAUUCAUCUUGCUGCAGCUAUGCAAUUCUCCGGAUUUCGUAGUGUGAUUGGUUCCAUGUGGUCUGUUGACGACGAGGUUGCACGCCAGGUCGCGUCCGCUUUUUACCCCAACCUCAUUGAUGAUUCAGGGAGAUUGGACUGCACACGUGCUGCGGUAGCGCUGCACGAGGCUGUGAAGUCGUUGCGCAAGGAGAUUUCGCUAGAACAGCAGAUUGUAUUUGUCCACAUAGGUGUGUAG